AACCCGGUGUCUCGAGUAAAAGGAGGGCCUGUCAGCCGCGUCCUUGCGGCUCCCUCAGGUAAUCAUUACCAAAUGAGGAGGAAAGGAAGAUGUCAUCGAGUAUCUUCAGCACGGCACUCUUCUUCUCCAUGCAGUAUUAAACGGUCCCCUACUAGAGAAACCUUAACAUAUGCCCAAGCUCAAAGGAUGGUAGAAAUAGAAAUUGAAGGUCGCUUACACAGGAUCAGUAUCUUUGAACCCUUGGAGAUUAUACUGGAAGAUGAUCUUACAGCCCAAGAAUUAAGUGAAUGCAACAGCAAUAAGGAAAAUAGUGAGAGACCACUGGUCUCUCUGAGAGCAAAGAGGCACAGAAACAAUAAAGUUAAAAAGAAAAAUGAAACUCUUCCAAACACACAUGGCAUUCCAUCUACUGCAAGUACUCUUCCAGAACCAAAAGUGCAUGUUGUUGAAUAUAGUCCACCUUCUGCACCUCGUAGACCUCCAACCUAUUAUAAAUUUAUUGAAAAGUCUUCAGAAGAACUAGAUAAUGAAGUGGAAUAUGACAUGGAUGAAGAAGAUUAUGCAUGGCUAGAAAUAAUCAACGAGAAACGAAAGAGUGAUGGAGUCUCAGUUGUAUCACAAAAUAUGUUUGAAUUUCUUAUGGACCGUUUUGAAAAAGAGUCUUAUUGUGAGACUCAGAAACAGGGUGAACAUCAGUCUUUAAUUGAUGAAGAUGCAGUUUGUUGUAUUUGCAUGGAUGGAGAAUGUCAGAACAGCAAUGUGAUUCUUUUUUGUGAUAUGUGUAAUUUAGCAGUGCAUCAGGAGUGUUAUGGGGUGCCAUAUAUACCUGAGGGCCAGUGGCUUUGCAGACAAUGUCUGCAAUCCCGUUCAAGGCCUGUAGACUGUGUACUGUGUCCAAACAAAGGAGGUGCCUUUAAAAAGACUGAUGAUGAUCGGUGGGGACAUGUAGUGUGUGCUCUUUGGAUUCCAGAGGUUGGAUUUGCCAAUACAGUUUUUAUUGAGCCAAUAGAUGGAGUCAAAAACAUUCCCCCUGCCCGAUGGAAGUUAACAUGCUACCUCUGUAAACAGAAAGGUGUUGGUGCCUGUAUUCAGUGCCACAAAGCAAACUGUUACACAGCAUUCCAUGUUACAUGCGCUCAAAAGGCUGGUUUGUAUAUGAAAAUGGAACCCGUGAAAGAACUAACUGGUGGUGGCACAACAUUCUCAGUGAAAAAGACUGCAUAUUGUGAUAUACAUACACCACCUGGGUCUGUUCGGAGGCCUCUGAAUAUUUAUGGAGAAGCUGAAAUGAAAAAUGGCCUCUAUAGAAAAGAGGGUUCUGCCAAAACUAGGUCUACAUCAAGAGUCAGAAAAAAAGCUAAAAAGUCAAAGAAAACACUAGCUGAAACGUGUGCAGUUAUGCCUGCAGUAUCUGCUCCAUGUAUCCCUCCUCAGAGAUUAAAUAAAAUUAUGAAUCAGGUGGCAAUUCAGCGAAAGAAGCAAUUUGUGGAAAGAGUCCACAGUUACUGGCUACUUAAAAGGUUGUCCAGAAAUGGUGUUCCUUUAUUGAGGAGGCUGCAGUCCAGUUUGCAGUCACAAAGAAAUACACAACAGAGGGAAGAUGAUGAAGAAACACAAGCCUUAAAGGAGAAAUUGAAGUACUGGCAAAGACUCCGUCAUGAUCUUGAAAGAGCACGGUUGUUGAUAGAACUUAUACGAAAGCGAGAAAAAUUAAAAAGAGAACAGGUAUGUAACUGUUGAAGAUUUUGUCUUUUCUCAUAGCUUAAGUUUGACAUGGACUUGGUAGUCAACUAAAA